GUGAUCUCAGAAAGACGUGUCUGAUGUCAACGAGCGCUUAAAAUUUAAUUUGACUUGAACAAAAAAAGAAACAAACAAAAUAAUUAGAGAAUAUAUUACAAGUGUUUUAUUUUUUUUUGCCUUUGUAUAACAUGACAAGCAAAAGAGAGAGCAAACAAUUUAAAAAUUAGCAAAAAUUAAUCAGGCAAUCAUUUAAUUAAAAACAAAUUUUCCAAUUACUAUUGGAAAAACACUUUAUAAUCAAGUGCUAAGGAAUUAAAACAAAUCAAUUUACAAACAAGGAAUACUAACUACAAAUAAAAGUGCAAUGUUUUAAAUAAAAUAAAAAAAAUAAAGAAAAAGUUCUUAAUUGACAAAAAAAUAUAAAAGAAAUUAAUUUAAACAAAAAAAUAUUUUUCCAGUGUUAAUUAAAAAUAAAAAAAGACUGUUGUUAAAGCAUUAAUUUCAUUUUAAAACUACAAACUUUAUGUUGAAAUUGUCAUCUUCAGGAAUGACAGUCACUGGUUUACGUGGGAAUAUGACUAGCCCGACGGUACCGCCGCAAACAGCUAUGAACACUACUACCAGCUCCACCACAGUUGUUGUUGCACCACUCAACACAACUACUACAGCUUCAUCACUGGGGGCCACCACACCCACCUCGCCCUCGGCCCUAAUUAUGGCCCAUCAACAGCAUUUAAGGAAUUUACAGCAUUCCCAUCAUGCCAUCAACAAAACCACAUCGAGACUUAGUAAUUUUAGCGUGGCCUCUUUGCUGGCCGACACAAGGCCACGUACGCCACCCUGCAGCGGAGACAAUGGCUCACAAACGCUACCCACAAAUCUAUCGAGUACACCUUCGGCCGCUACUUCACCCGUAUCACAUGAAUCGACCUCAUCACCUGCCUCACCAAAUCAUCAUCAACAUCAUCAGCAUCAGCACAACCAACACAAUCAGUCCCAGCAACAUAACCAGUUUCAUUCCGUAGCCAUGGCCCACCAUGCCAAUUUACUGCAUGCCGCCCAAGCGGCAGCGGCGGCUCAUGCCCAACAUCAACAUGCGGCUGCCAUGGCAGCGGCGGCAGCUGCUGUUGGUGCCAGCAAUCCCAAUGGACCACAUUUAACACAUCAUUUGCCUAAUCACUUAAGACAUCCGCUAAAUCCCAGUGGCAUGCCAACAGCUGGUUCCCUGCUCAUACAAACCAACACCUCUCCCUCACCAAAUAGCAACAAUCCCUCGACCACCACACCGCCCGCUUCCUCGGCCAGUUCCACGGCCAACACCGAGUGCAAUGUCAAUUCAACUACCUCCACACUACCGACGGCGAAAAGUGAACGUCAUUCGCCCAUUGGUUCAUCCAUAGACUCUGAAUUGGAAUACGAUGACGAGCUGAAUGAACACGAUCUGGAGCAUGAUGAGGAGGAGGAUUCGAUAGUCGAUAUCGAAGACAUGAAUGCUGAUGAUUCACCGCGUUCCACACCUGAUGGCUUAGAUUCCAGUAAGUCGCCCGAUGGCCAUGGUUCUCUGCCCAAUUCACCACAUUUAUUGUCACCCGCCGCUUUAGCAGCUUCCGGACAUGUGCCCAUAAGACCGACACCAUUUAGUGCUUUAGCUGCCGCAGCAGUAGCCUGGGGUGGUAUUGGUGGUGGCGGUGUACCUUGGCCAGGAGCCAGACAAAUGCCACCAUUCGGACCACCAGGUUUAUUUCCCGGUCAAGGUUUUGGCGGAGGAGACAAUAAUGAACCUCCUCGCAUUAAGUGUAAUUUGCGCAAACACAAGCCGAACCGCAAACCCCGCACACCCUUUACCACCCAGCAGUUGCUGUCGCUGGAAAAGAAAUUCCGUGAGAAACAGUAUUUGAGUAUAGCGGAGAGAGCGGAAUUCUCUUCCUCUCUAAGAUUGACUGAAACCCAAGUGAAAAUCUGGUUCCAAAAUCGUCGGGCCAAGGCGAAACGUUUGCAGGAAGCGGAAAUUGAAAAAAUUAAAAUGGCUGCUUUGGGUCGUGGUGGUCCAGGGGCUCAAUGGGCCAUGGCUGGCUAUUUCCAUCCCAGUUUAAUGCAUUUGGGUUAGGAAACUCAGCAAUCUUAAACCCCUACCACACAAACACACACAGAAAACACCAAAGUUCUCCCUUUCCCCCGAUCACUGCUACAUUUUUCGACUACUCCCCCCCACAAAAAAACGAAAUCUUUCAAAGAGUAAACCCAAAACUUGCGCCUAUAUAAUUUUAUUUAUAUAUUAUAAAAUAAACCCCAAAUUGCUGUGAUGUUAGCGCAUUUUAAUUGUAAAUAUUUUAUUUAAAAAGAAAAAUCACAAAUCUGUAAAAAUUUUGUAAAUUAAUCACCAGAAUUAAAUCUAAAAAAAGAAACAAACACAGAAAGCACUAAA